UAAUUUUCACAUUUUUUUAAUACCCCCUUGUGGGAGCAAAAUUUUUUGUUUUAAGCAUGUGUAUUGUUCAGAAUGUUUGUUGUAAUAUUAAAUUGUGUUGAUUUCCCUAUCAACUACUAUAAAUUAUAAAUAUGGUGUGUUCGCCGAACCAUAUUAUCACGAACGCGCAAUCUUGCCGAUUUGUCAGAAAGUUUAAAAGUUGAUGAACGCUCUAGGGCUUGCCGAUGCUGGGUUGUUAAAAUUUGCAUUUUAAAAUAUUUUUAUAUAAAUCAAAAACAUCUUAUUAUACACUUACUGUAUACUUUGUAUUUUUCAAAAGUGAAACAAAUUGCGCUAAAUGGUAUUGUCUACUCGUUAUUUACUCAAAGCCUUGUUGCCCAUAAAUUCAGGUACACAGUAAUAGUUUGUCGAACAUCAUUUGGAACAACUCGAUUCUCUGUCCGUAUGAUGGUGUCUGAUCCGAUAAUUAAUCAAAAACAUCCACUUUCAGAGGACGAUGAGAAUAUUGCUACUAAAAAAUUGUGCAUAGAGCCUAGGGUCAAAAGAAAAAAAUGUGCCAUAUUAUUGGCAUACUCUGGACAAGGAUAUUUGGGUUUACAGAGAAAUAAGGGGACAAAAACAGUUGAAGAAGAAUUAUUGCUUGCAUUAAAAUCAAAUAAUUUAAUAACCGAUGAAGGUUUUGAACAAAUUCAAACCAUGAAUUUUCAGCGUGCUGCUAGAACUGACAAGGGAGUAUCUGCUCUGCGACAAAUAAUUUCACUUUUAUUACCCGAAGAUGUAGAUAAACAAGUUAUUAAUUCAGCUUUACCAGAGCAAAUCAGAGUUCUAGAUAUCAGAAGAACAACUAAAGGUUUCAACAGUAAAAAUUCUUGUGACGGACGAACAUAUUCAUACACGUGUCCAACUUUUGCUUUUGCACCAGCAGAAGCUACCAUUGAUUUUAAUUAUCGGAUUGAUGCCACUGUUAUUGAUAGAAUAAAUGAAAUUGUUAAAAGUUUCUUAGGAUGCCACAACUAUCAUAAUUACACUUCUAAAAAAAAACCAGGUGAUCCAAGUGCACAAAGGUACAUGGUUAGUUUUUACUGUGAUAAACCAUAUGAAAAAGAUGGUGUUGAAUUAAUAUCAUUGUAUGUUAGAGGACAAAGUUUUAUGCUUCAUCAGAUUCGUAAAAUGGUUGGUGUUAUUAUUGCUAUUUGCCGAGGUGUAGCCAAGCAUGAUGUGAUAGAACGAUCAUGGCAACCUGAUCGUCUUGAUUUACCUAUUGCUCCAGGUUUAGGCUUAGUAUUAGAAGAAGUACAUUAUGAUAAAUAUAAUGGAAAAUUUGGUAAUGAUGGUAUGCAUGAACGCUUAGAUUUUGUUGAGCUCAAUGAUCAAGUAUCUGAAUUUAGAGCUAAAUACAUACUACCAACCAUUAUCAAAGUAGAAAAAGAAGAAAGCUCUAUGCAAUUAUGGCUUGAACAGCUACCGUUACAUACAUUUGAAGUACGUACAGAACACCGCAACAUGCGAACAGAUGUUAAUGAAAUAAAUAGUCCAGGAUUAGCAUCUUUACAGGCGGCAGCUGAACUAAUUGAAAAAGAGGAACAGCAUUCUAUUGAUACAAAUAGAGAGGUACCACCUGAUAAUCUUUCCACACUUGCAGAUGCUGCUCAAGCAAUGAGUUCAGAAAAUAAUUAACUUUUGAAUUUAAUUGAGAAAGGAGUGUACUACAUUAAUAAUAGUAUAGAUUUUAAUAUUAUAUACUUAAUAUUUAUAUUUAAAAAAAUUAUUAAUGAAUGAGAGCAUC